UUGUCUGAGCAGAUUGGUAGCAGACUGGUGCUCCGUUACUCCGGUGACAUCAUGGCAGCGGAGGGACAGAGAGUGGUGCUGAUCACCGGCUGCUCGUCCGGUAUCGGGCUCGCGAUCGCCGUGAUGCUCGCGAGAGACGAGAUGAAGCGCUACUACGUCAUAGGCACCAUGCGGGAUCUGAAGCGGAAGGAUAAGUUAGUUGAAGCGGCGGGAGACGCAUACGGGAAAACUCUGUCUCUGCUCACACUGGACGUCUGCAGUGAUGAAUCUGUCAAACAGUGUGUCGACAGCAUCAAAGAUAGACAUAUAGACAUACUGAUUAAUAACGCUGGCGUGGGUCUGGUGGGGCCGGUUGAGGCUCUCAGUCUGGACGAGAUGAAGCAGGUGUUCGAGACCAAUUUCUAUGGUGUUGUGCGCAUGAUUAAAGAGGUGAUGCCUGACAUGAAGAGUAGACGCUCCGGACACAUCAUCGUCAUCAGUAGCGUGCUGGGCCUGCAUGGUGUGGCAUUUAAUGAUGUUUACUCCGCGUCAAAGUUUGCCACGGAGGGACUGUGUGAGGGUCUCGCCAUCCAGCUGAUGAAUUUUAAUGUCAACGUGUCGAUGAUCGAGCCCGGGCCUGUAAACACAGAGUUUGAGAUGAAGCUGAUGACAGAAGUCUCUAAGAAGGAGUUUGUUGGUGCUGAUCCAGAGACGGUCGAUCACUUCAGGACCUUCUACCUGCCCACACAAGUCAACCUCUUCCAAGGCCUGGGACAAACACCUGAAGACAUCGCCAGGGUGACUAAGAAGGUGAUCGAGUCGCCGCCGCAGCCUCCGUUCCGUAACCUGACGAAUCCUCUGUACACUCCGAUUGUGGCGCUGAAGUACGCGGACGAGAUGGGCAGCCUGUCUGUUCACACCUUCUAUCACAUGCUGUAUAAUCUGGGAGGACAUUAUAGACUUUCUGGUGUGCUAGAGAACAGGCAGGACAACGAGGAAUACCAUGAAAAGCAAAGUUCAAAACAGGGAAGGCACACGCACAUGGUAACAUUCACAAUCACCAACAAACUAGAACACAAGAGAUAA